UCUGACUCCCUUGCGAAGAAAGCAGAAGUAGAAGAAAUAUUUGUUGUAGUUGGAGAUAUAGUACGGAACAUCAUUGACCCGGGAUGGUCCGCGCGGCGCAACUCCAUGUAGGAAAAAAAGAGAGCCGCCGAGCAAUACUGCGGAUCGGACAGAGGGAGAACGAGACGGUAGUACGGUAGUAUUUCGAUGGUGACUUGUUGAUCUAGACAAGUCCGAAAUGCUAUCCCCGCCACCUUUGAAACCGGCAGUUCCUUCAGCGUCGCUUCUCCGAUACCUGCGCUCCCAGUCAGAGAAUACCUAUGUCUUUACAUCGGCAUGCGGAACUUCUCGAAAGCCGCGAGUUCAUAACCAGCCAUCGCGUAUGCCUGCAUUGAGAAAUGCAUCCAGCUGGGCCUAUAUUACGCCGCUACAAUGUCGCGCCACGUUACAGACAAACCUUCCAACCAUUUCUAGAAGCCGUGGUUCGCCGCGAUGUCGAGCUACGCUGGAUCAAUCCCCGCCUCCCAUCACUGUGUUUUCGCGGGCUACACACACGAAGAGUCGCCCUUUACUUCGCAGGCUAUUUGAUCUAAGACGUAGCAAAGUGGCCGCAGAAUCCAAACUGAACCGCACCGGCGGUCCUGCAUUGGUCGAUGAGGGAACAGAGGGCUUGAAUUUUGGACGUGGAUUAGCGGCAAAGGCUUCCAACGAGCUGCGAUUGCGAUGCACUGAGUUCGAUAACAACGGCAAUGUUACACUGGUCAAUGGAGAGUUCAGGAAGAGUGAACUUAUCGCAAAGUAUGGCCUCCUCCCUCGAGACCUUCGCAAAAUUGACUCUUCGACCUUGCCCCACAUUCUUGUACGACCGAGUGCUAUCCUUAUCAACCUUCUACACCUUCGUGUCCUGAUCAAGGCCGAUCGGGUUUUGGUCUUUGAUGCUUACGGAUCUACCGAUUCAUAUAUGCAGUCGCUGUUUGUAUAUGACCUGGAAGGAAAGCUGCGUCAGAAACAAUCGCAGGGUGCCCAAUCUCUGCCUUACGAGUUCCGCGCUCUCGAAGCUGUUUUGAUCAGCGUCACAACCGGUCUUGAGGAGGAGUUUAAUGGUGUUCGAGAGCCCGUGGUGCGCGUGCUUCGGGCCUUGGAAGAGGAUAUCGAUAGGGAUAAACUCAGGCAUCUGUUGAUCUACUCUAAGAAACUGGGUAGUUUUGAGCAGAAAGCUCGACUGGUGCGGGAUGCAAUCGAUGAUUUGCUGGAAGCCGACGAUGACUUAGCGGCGAUGUACUUGACUGAGCGUGCAGAGGGCGUUCAAAGACAGGAGCACGACCAUCAAGAAGUUGAAAUGCUUCUAGAGUCGUACCACAAGGUUUGUGACGAAAUCGUUCAGGAAAGCGGUAACUUGGUGACCGGCAUUCGGAAUACAGAAGAAGUUGUGAAAGCUAUCCUCGACGCCAAUCGCAACUCUCUCAUGCUGCUCGAUCUGAAGUUUAGCAUCGGCACGCUUGGACUUGCAACAGGAACUCUAUUCUCUGCUCUAUAUGGUAUGAACCUGAAGAACUUCAUUGAAGAGUCCGACUUCGGAUUCGGAGGAGUCUCCGUUAUAUGUUUUGCGAUCACCGCAGUUGUCUGCGUAUAUGGGCUAGCGAAACUGCGCAAGCUUCAGCGUGUCCGAAUGUGGGGUGAGGCCGGCGUGGGUGGUUCACCGAUGGUCUCCCUUCCCACUCGAAACAGCGCACUCACGGCACACCGGUCCAACUGGCGAGCGGAUUCUAUUGAGCCGGUCUGGGGUAGUCUUCCAGGUGAAGGUCGCGCCGAGAGAAUCAGACGUUUGAAAGACAGCGCUGCGGCGGCCGCUGCCAAAUCUGCUGCCACCGAACCUACUGCGCAGCGAGCAGCAGCUUUGAGGAAUGCGACUAGGUCGCAACCAAAGCAGAGCAGUGAUUCUGCAACUCAUGGGGCAGCUGCUAACACCGGUGGUGACUCCGCGUAGAGCAUAGGUACCAUUAUCAAUCUUCAAUGCCAGCUCCUUGUCUCCCUCUGGCCAGCCACGGUCACUCGAUGCUGGUGAUUGGCCAUGACUUUCUAUAACUGACGUAUUUAUCGCAUUUUUGGGUGUUGGGUGCGUGGUUUUCUUGCUUUUCGUUUGAUAUCACCUGGACACAAACAUCUUCCAAGGAUCUAAUGUGUUAACGUGUCUAGAGUACGUGUUCUCUCACUGAUAGAAUUUCCGGCAAUUCUCGGAGCAAAUAUUUCAUAAUGUGUUCAUAGAUUUAGAUCGUUGGAGAAAGCUCACCUCUAUGUACAUUAACACUACUCAAUCUACAAACUAUAAA